CUCCUGCAGCAUCUACGGAGAGCGCGAGCAACGGCUCGUCCAGGAAAAACGCUUUAACCUCUGAAUUAAGUUAUAAAUAUCACCACGGACAGUCUCCAGUUUGUCAUAUUCCCAGUUGUGAAGAGCAAGUUGGCCGACAAAUAUUGGUUUAAGGACAAUGGCCCCCAGCUGAAGGCAGUGACGGCAAGAGACUGAGAUGGAGCUGACCUCAGUAGACGCCUCUGCUGUGCUGGGCUUAUGGGACAACAGCUCCAUUCCUGGUUUCCUUCUUAACGAGAGCGUUCUCAAUGACACUUGCUUCCUCAAUGCUUUGAACUGCACUAAUGGGACAGAUGCGGGGAACCAAGCAGGAACAAGCAUGGCAGGAAUCCUCAUCCCUCUUAUUUACAUCAUUGUCUGCAUCGUCGGCCUGGGGGGAAACUCACUGGUCAUCCACAUCGUCCUGCACUACUCCAAGACAGAGUCAGUGACCAACAUCUACAUCCUGAAUCUAGCUAUAGCCGAUGAACUCUUCAUGCUGGGGCUUCCGUUCCUCGCCGUGCAGAACGCCAUGCACUCCUGGCCCUUCGGCUCAUUCACGUGCAGGUUGGUCAUGACCGUUGAUGGCAUUAACCAGUUCACCAGCAUCUUCUGCCUCACCGUGAUGAGCAUCGAUCGCUACCUGGCCGUGGUUCAUCCUAUACGGUCCUCAAAAUGGAGGCGACCGCAAGUGGCCAAGGCGGUGAAUGGAACAAUCUGGGCGGUCUCGUUUUUGGUAGUCUUGCCUGUGGUGAUUUUUGCAAAUGUGCAACGGGAAGGAGGCAUCUGCAACAUCAUUUGGCCAGAGCCAGCCAACAUCUGGGGAGCAGCAUUUAUAAUCUACACCUCCACAGUUGGCUUUUUCUUUCCAUUGCUGGUCAUCUGCAUGUGCUAUCUCCUCAUUGUGAUCAAAAUCCGCAGCUCGGGAAAGAAGGUUCAUGCCACUUCGACCAAACGGCGCAAGUCGGAGAGAAAAGUCACGCGAAUGGUGGUGAUAGUGGUGGCUGUGUUCGUUUUCUGCUGGAUGCCAUUUUACGCCCUCAACAUCAUAAACCUGGUGGAAUCGCUGCGGGAUGAGCCCCAAGGUCUGCAUCUAUUUGUGGUGGUAUUGUCUUAUGCUAACAGCUGCGCUAACCCUAUCGUUUACGGCUUCCUUUCGGACAACUUCAAGCGGGGAUUUCGAAAGGCUCUGUGCCGCUCAUCUCGAAGGGUCGAGAACCACGUGCCCACUGAGCAACGGCAUCAAGAGGAACGAAGAAGAGUGGUGAUGCCCAGGGAAAGCCUUAGAAGAGCAGUGAGAAAGGAAGAGGAUGAGGAAGAGGAAGAGUACAGGGAGGAAGUGACGGAGAUGACGGAAAUCUGCAGGAUUACUCAGAACGGAAACGGAAGCGGACAACCUGAAAGUACCCGAGCGCUUUUCUUAGAGAGACCCUCGGGUACAGGGGUUUCUGAGACAAGUUCCCCAGACAGGAGAGGCACGGGUGGGGAUGUUAAAGGACCAGGCUUUGGAACUGCUGCAACCCUACUGAACGGGGCUAAAAAUGGGAAUGUGAAAACACUGCCAGAGGAACCGGUGGAAAAGAACAACUCACUGGAGAUCAGCUACUUGUAAACUUGUGAUUUGUGUCAGCUGAAAAAACAGUAUUAUUGUACAUGCCUCCCUGAGCUCUAUUCAGUUUGUAGUUACAGUACUGCCUCUCCUGAAGCCUAUCAACUCGUCAUCAUGUCUAUGAAAUUUUCUCCUAGUAAUCAGACUUUGUAGUAUGGAAGUGUACAAUCUGGCAACACAAUUUGAAAAGUCACAAUUCAUUUUGCCUUAUUUAUAGGACUUGGCAAAUCAAAACAAGGGUCAUCAGCAGCAUUCCAUGGUAUCAAUACCUAUGGGACCAGCACCACAAUAUGUGAAGCAUCUAUGUGCCUUUUUCUAAAUUUGCUUAGGAGAUUUAAUCAAUGCAGUGAAUCUAUGGCUACGACUGGGCACUAGAUCACUAAAUACAUUUACAUGCACUUUUGCUCGAUUCUAGCUGUGCAUGUGAACAUACUUAGUGAGACUUGUAGCGUAUUAAUAAGUGAUACAAUUUGGAAAAGAUUUUGUAAAUGUAAACAGGUCAAUAAUUAUACAUCGGCUUGUAGUUGUCUCUAAAUGUAUUUGUAUGUGCUUU